AUGGACAGCAGAGCAGAGAUGGAGGUUGUGAGGAGCACGAAGGGGAGUGGUGCUGGGGAGGUCAGCGUCCAUGUGGUCACCACCGAGAGCACUGUGCAGAGCACCCACCUGCCAACGACUGCCUUCAUCAUACCAGCAAACGCCACUACCAUCAACCUUCCCACGAGCACCUUAGAAAUUCAGCGAUUCCCCCGGGAGCCACAGAGAAGCUCAGGGGCUGAGAGGCCAGAGAGGGGAGCGGGGAGUGAGCCCAUCACCGCUACUGUCAUUCCCCAGAUCAGCGGGGUGCAGACCUGCAGCACAGUCCGUGUGCUGGAGUGGAAAGACGGGGUGGCUACUUUGCCUGGAAGUAACCUGCGGUUUCGAAUAAAUGAAUAUGGGACGCUGAAGGUGGUGAGUGCUGAUAAGAUGCCUCCAGUGGAAGCUAUAAAGGAGGGUCACACAGAGAAAGAUGGGGACUCAGAGGUGGCACCCACCAGCAGGGACAAUCCUACUGUGGCUCAGGAUGUGCUGGAGCAGACCAAGUUGCCAACAGCGGAAAGCAUGUGCCACUGUGAUACCUGUGGCCGGAGACACGUGUCAGACAUAGCCCGGGAAGGCAGGGGCUUCUGCAGCGAGCACUGUCACCAGCAGUUCAAAGAAAGGUCCGUCAUUGUGGAAAACUCUGCCAGCAGCACCAACGCCACCGAAAUCCUCAAGCCGGUGAAGAAACGAAAGAGGAAGGACUACCAGAGCCCCUCGGAGGAAGAAUAUGAAUCUGAGCAAAUGGAGGAAAAGCAGGAAGGGAGGAAAAACUCUACGGGAGACUCUGCCAGCAGCAAUCUGGAGACGGAUGCGUGGAACGGGAGCCAGCACG